CGUCGCCUAUAAAUACCAGCAACGAGUCGAUUCCGGCGUCAGAUUGAAUUGAAAGUUGUCAGAGCGCGAAGCGAAGCUCAAAGCGAUUUUUCACAAGUUUCCCCAAGAGUUUUCAUUCGAAUAGUGAACGUUUUUUUAUUACUUUUAACUGCGUUAUAAGCCAUAAAGAUGCCAGAAGAACAAAGCGGCGACGUCGAAACUUUCGCCUUCCAGGCGGAAAUUGCCCAGUUGAUGAGCCUGAUCAUCAACACCUUCUACUCGAACAAAGAAAUCUUCCUCAGAGAAUUGAUUUCCAACUCGUCGGAUGCCUUGGACAAGAUCAGAUACGAAUCGCUGACGAACCCGUCCAAAUUGGACUCGGGCAAGGAGCUGUACAUUAAAAUCAUCCCCAAUAAAGCCGAAGGCACCCUCACUUUGAUCGACACUGGUAUUGGCAUGACGAAAGCCGACUUGGUGAACAACUUGGGUACAAUUGCUAAAUCUGGAACCAAAGCUUUCAUGGAGGCGCUUCAGGCCGGUGCCGAUAUCAGCAUGAUUGGUCAGUUUGGCGUUGGUUUCUAUUCGGCGUACUUGGUGGCCGAUAAAGUCACCGUGGUAUCGAAGCACAACGAUGAUGAGCAGUACAUCUGGGAGUCUUCGGCUGGUGGCAGUUUUACAAUUCGUCCUGAUCAUGGGGAACCGUUGGGUCGCGGUACUAAGAUCGUUUUGCACAUUAAAGAGGACCAGACUGAAUUUUUGGAAGAGCAAAAAAUUAAGGAAAUUGUCAAGAAGCAUUCGCAGUUUAUUGGUUACCCCAUUAAGUUGGUUGUGGAGAAGGAACGCGAGAAGGAGUUGAGCGAUGAUGAGGCUGAGGAGGAAAAGAAAGAGGGAGAGGAGGAAGAUAAGGAUAAGCCAAAGAUUGAGGAUGUUGGUGAGGAUGAAGAGGAAGAGAAGAAAAAGAAGAAGAAGACUAUUAAAGAGAAAUAUACUGAAGAUGAGGAGUUGAACAAGACCAAGCCAAUUUGGACCAGGAAUCCCGAUGACAUCAGUCAGGAUGAAUAUGGUGAAUUUUACAAGUCCCUUACCAACGACUGGGAAGACCAUCUUGCCGUGAAACAUUUCAGCGUUGAGGGACAGUUGGAGUUCAGGGCUCUCCUGUUUGUACCCAGGAGGGUUCCGUUCGAUUUGUUUGAAAACAAAAAACGCAAGAACAACAUCAAACUGUACGUCAGGAGGGUCUUCAUCAUGGACAACUGCGAAGAAUUGAUCCCCGAAUAUUUGAACUUCAUCAAGGGUGUAGUCGAUUCCGAAGACUUGCCGUUGAACAUUUCUCGUGAGAUGUUGCAGCAAAACAAGAUCCUGAAAGUCAUUCGCAAGAAUUUGGUCAAGAAAUGUCUGGAAUUGUUUGAGGAGCUCUCUGAAGAUAAGGACGGCUACAAGAAGUUCUACGAACAGUUCUCGAAGAACUUGAAAUUGGGAAUCCACGAAGACACCCAGAACAGGUCCAAAUUGGCCGAUUUGCUCCGCUUUAACACCUCGGCGUCCGGCGAGGAGGCGUGCCCACUCAAAGAAUACGUCAGCAGAAUGAAGGAGAACCAAAAGGCGAUUUACUACAUUACCGGCGAAAGUAAGGAACAAGUGGCCAACUCCGCCUUCGUCGAGAGAGUUAAGAAGCGCGGUUUCGAAGUCGUCUACAUGACCGAGCCGAUUGACGAGUACGUCGUGCAACAACUGAAGGAAUACGACGGCAAGCAGCUGGUCUCCGUCACCAAAGAGGGUCUCGAACUGCCCGAAGACGAGGAGGAAAAGAAGAAACGCGAAGAGGACAAGGCUAAAUUUGAAGGUCUCUGCCAAGUGAUGAAGAGCAUCUUGGACAACAAAGUGGAAAAGGUGGUCGUGUCCAACCGUUUGGUUGAAUCUCCCUGCUGCAUCGUCACUUCACAGUACGGCUGGUCCGCGAACAUGGAGAGGAUCAUGAAGGCGCAGGCACUGAGAGAUACUUCCACCAUGGGCUACAUGGCGGCCAAGAAACAUCUGGAAAUCAACCCCGAUCAUCCGAUCAUUGAAAAUCUCAGACAGAAGGCCGAGGCGGACAAGAACGACAAGGCCGUCAAGGAUUUGGUCAUCUUGUUGUUCGAAACUGCUUUAUUGAGUUCCGGUUUCACCCUGGAGGAGCCUCAAGUACACGCCUCUCGCAUCUACAGGAUGAUCAAACUGGGUUUGGGCAUUGACGAGGAGGAGGUCAUGUUGACUGAUGAUGCACCGGUGGCUGAAACACCCGCGGAAGGCGGCGACGCCGAAGACGCCUCUCGAAUGGAAGAAGUCGAUUAAGUCGUCCUGUUACUAGUUUCUAGGACAUGUGUUGUAAUAUGUUCUGCAUUCCUCAUUUUUGUAUUUAUUUUUUUAUAGUAUUACGUAACAUCUUAUACCAAAUAAUGUAAAACUCUCUUCAGCUCUUUGAUUUGUUGUUUGGCUGUGCAUUGAAAGAAACUUGGAUGAAUAAAGGAUUUUUUCCCCAUUAA